GCGGAGAUUUGUGUGAAGAGCGACUUUGUUGACGACUUUAUGAAGUUUUGAACAUGUCCUCAGUCAUGGAUGGAGACCUGCUGUCUUUGUCAUCUUCUUCAGUGUUAUCAUCCUCAUCAGCAGCAACAGGACCACAGAAAGAACCAUCACCUGAAAGUGCCAGCGACCUUCCUCAGACCCAGCAGGAAUACAAGUCCACUGAAGAAUCAUGGACAGGAGACAUGAGCCCCAUGGGUGACAGACUGCUGUCCAACGACGAGCAGAUCACUCUGAUCACUGAGAGUUUGACAGUCACCUCCACUGACCAGGAAAAACUGCUGCUGCUCAACAGGAACACUGAGCUCCGCAGAGUCAACAAAGAGCUGAUGAAGCUGAAUGACGACUGGGACCAGGUGUACCGCAGCGCCACGCUGGGUCUGCAGCACAGACUGGAGUCUCUGGAGCUGGAGAACAGUGCCAUCAAACAGCUGAACAACCGACUGCUCCUCAGAGCUGAGCAUCAACAAGUAAACACAACAAAAGCACCCACACCACCACAAGCGCAGUGCAUUGACCUACAGUGUACUCUAGAUGUGGGACGAGAUAAAGCACAUGGGGGAAUUCCUACAGCAGCUGUUCUAAAUAGCAGAAUUUGUGGUUUAAAUGUGCUGCAUUUCAAAUUGCAGAGUGCAAAGGAGUAUUAUGAGCAGGCACUGAUGACAGAGCUGAAGAAGAACCAGGAGCUGCAACAAUAUAUCAGGUUACUGGAGAACAAAAUGCACCAGUCAGAGAGAGACUGCACAGCCGCCAAACAGGGCAGCUUUAGUGCUGGGAUUGGAAGUCAUGGCUCACGUCUCACCGGUAAUCCCCCCAGAGGACCCGACCUAUCAUGCAGCCAUGUCUCUGGGUACAACAUCCCUUCCUCCUUUCCUCCAGUUUCUCCCAACCCAGAAGCAGGAUGGCAGGGGAAAAGCCAAAGCAGCACCCCACUGGGAGCACUGGGAAGCUCCCAGCAAGAAGUUCAAGACUUAAAAGAGCAGCUGGGUGCACUGAGAUGUCAGACUGAGAUGUAUGAAGCAGAAUAUCAGACAGAACACAACGACCACAAGCACACGUUGCAGGAAAAUCGAAGGCUGAGGAAGAAGAGAGAGGAGACGCGCCAACAGGUGGCCUUACUGCAAGAACAGCUCAAGAUUUACGAGGACGACUUUAGAAGGGAGAGGUCUGACAAACAGAUGCUCCAGCGACUGUUGCUGCAGAAAUCGUCUCAAAGCAAGGAGCCGGUGCUUAUCCACCGCUGCAAUAACGAGCAGGCGCCGCUAGGGGGCGACAAGAGCACCCACAGUGGAGACAAAGGAAAGCAGCACCACCCACUCUGCCCCAAGCACCCGAACAGGGACAAAGACUUGGCCUGAGGCUUGGAGGGAGAGAAAAUCGUGAUCUAGCAAACAGAUAAUGGAGUUUAUAAAAUAGCAGAUUAAGCCUGCUAAAUUGAAAAUCACUGAAUGUGUAAGAAAUCUGUAGUAAGUCAGAAUGACUCAUGGGAAAAGCUGUUGUGCAGACAACUCAUCAUCACUUUAAUACUUUAUUUAACACAUCUAAUAUAUCUAUUUUUCUUACAUCUCUGCGUAACAUUUUUCAGAUUGAUAUAUCCUUUUUUAAUAAAAUUAUGUUUUGUUUGACUUUCAUAGUGAGUCAUACAAACUAA